AUGAAAACUUUCCUCUUCUCUCUCCUAAAACCCCACACCACGUCUGAACCCACCAAGCUUCUUCUACAUCACCACCACCAAUGGCGCGGCAUAGCCAAGGUCCGCCUGAAAUGGGUCAAGAAUCGGAGCUUAGACCACAUUAUCGACACCGAGACCGAUCUCAAAGCUGCUUGCCUCCUCAAAGACGCCAUCAAGCGAUCGCCAACUGGCUUCCUUACCGCCAAGUCCUUCGCCGAUUGGCAAAAGCUUCUCGGCCUAACUGUCCCAGUUCUUCGCUUCAUGCGCAGGUACCCUACUCUUUUUCAAGAAUUUCCACAUGCCCGCUAUGCCAAUUUGCCCUGUUUUAAGUUAACAGACACUGCACUAUUGUUAGACUCACAAGAACAGAGUAUACACCAAACCCAUGAGAGUGAUACUGUGGAGAGGCUUUGUAGAGUACUUAUGAUGACAAAAAGUAAAACUAUACCGCUCCAAUCUUUGUAUCCCUUGAAAUGGGAUCUGGGUUUGCCUGAUGGUUUUGAGAAAGUGUUGGUUCCAAAAUACCCAGAUUGUUUUAGAAUCAUUAAGGCCUCAAAUGGGAUUGGUUGCUUGAAGGUCAUACAAUGGCCCAAGGAGUAUGCGGUGUCGGAAUUGCAGAGGAGUAAAGAGGGUGGCGAUUUAGGGGAUGAGUAUAGACAAUUCAAGAGGGGGCAGACUGUGUUGGCAUUCCCGAUGAAUUUUCCGAAGGGUUAUGGAGGGCAGAAGAAGGUUAGGGUAUGGAUGGAGGAGUUUCAGAAGUUACCAUACAUUUCGCCAUAUGAGGAUUCCAGGCAUAUUGAUCCUAAUAGUGAUCUUAUGGAGAAAAGGGUUGUUGGAGUUUUGCAUGAGUUAUUGAGCCUGACUCUUCAUAAGAAGACCAAGAGGAACUACUUGAGAAGCUUGAGAGAGGAACUAAAUCUUCCUCAUAAAUUUACGAGAAUUUUCACAAGGUAUCCGGGGAUUUUCUACCUCUCAUUGAAGUGUAAAACAACCACUGUUGCUCUCAGGGAAGGGUACCAGAGAGGGAAAUUAGUGAAUCGGCAUCCCCUCACAUGCGUGAGAGAGAAGUUUUAUCAUGUCAUGAGAACAGGGCUUCUUUAUCGCAGUAAAGGUGUGCACUUGCUAUCCCCACAAGAGAUUUUACUUAACAGUGUGGAGAGUGAAAGUGGGGCGGAAGAAUCUGAAGAGGACGAGGUUGGAACAGGUGAUGAAUGCUAUGAGGAUGAAAUGUCAAAUUUGGAUUCAGAAGGGUCUGAUGAAGAUUAA